AUGACGGACAAACAGCAUUGGCUCCCCGUGACGCGGGAGAACAUCCAAACUGCUCAUUCUAUGAUUAGGCCGUAUAUUUACGAGACCCCGGUUCUGACGUCCAAGACGUUGAACUCCCUUGCGUCCACCCCGCAGCCAGCGGAGGCCUUGAUAGGAACCCCGUUCGAGGGUCAGCAGCCGGCGUGCCCGAAGAUUAAAUUCUUCUUCAAGUGUGAGAAUUUCCAGCGGAUCGGAGCGUUCAAGGUGCGGGGAGCUUUCCACUCCAUCCUGCGAGUUAUCAAGACCAAGGGUGAGGAGGAGGCUGUUGCUCUCGCUGCGUCCACUCUUUCAAUCCCGGCCUACAUUAUCAUGCCGUCGAUAUCUAUCCCAUCUAAGAUCGAAGCCACCAAGGGCUACGGUGGGAAGGUGGUUUUCUCCGGAUUGACGAGCGAGCAGCGCGAAGAAGUGAUGCGGAAGGUCCAGGAGGAGACUGGUGCUAUUCUGAUUCACCCAUACGACCACCCAGAUACCAUCAUUGGCCAAGGAACUGCUGGCCUCGAACUGGAUACCCAAGUAAACAAACUUGUAUCUGAGAACCCCGAGUUGAGUGUCCGUGAGACUGAGGAUGGGAAAGGAUGUGGUUUGGAUGCAGUUAUCACCCCCGUGGGCGGAGGAGGUCUGAAUUCUGGAACCGCUACCGUCUUCGCCGAUCCACGGGCUGAUGGCCGCAAGAUCCACGUCUUUGGCGCUGAACCAUCGUUCCAGGGCGCAGACGAUGCUCGUCGUGGACUUAAAGCUGGGGUGAGGAUUCCAGAGGUCAAGUCACUUACAAUCGCCGACGGAUUAAGGGUUCCGAUCGGUGAGAUCGCAUUUAGUAUCCUUUCUGAUCCCGCCAAAUCCCGCGGCGUGUUUAGCGUGACCGAGGAGCAAAUUAAGAGUGCAAUGAGACUUGUUGUCGAGAGGAUGAAGAUAGUCAUCGAACCCAGCGCGGCUGUUCCCCUUGCAGUCUGCCUCUACAACGAGGAGUUUAGGCGGAUUGUUGAACAAGAGGGUGGUGAAGCAGGCUGGAAUAUCGGAGUCAUAUUCUCUGGGGGCAAUACGACUAUCGACGCCAUGUCCGGUCUAUUUUCUGCAUCUUAA